ACCUCGCCAUGGAGGGGAAACGCGCCGCCUCGCCGGGCUUGCCGGACCGGCUGUGGAGCGAAGCAAGAUAAUUGCGCUGAAACCUUCUGAAGCGGUAACAACAUCAAUUUUGAGAUGAUCUUUAGAUCGGUUGAAGACGCAGCAGAGGAUGGAGUAUAUUUAGCAGGUGCUAUUGUGAAGACUUCUCUGUACGUCUUUUGGGCUAGCCAAACCACUUCAGAAGUGAGAUCAGUUGCAAAAAGUCAAUAUAUUAAUAUUUAUUAAACCUAUCAUUCAAAAGAAUGAUGCAUCUACAAUGAACUCUUCUCCUGAAGGCGAGACUGUGACCUCUCUCACAAGAACUCCAUUUAGAAAAUAUAAAUCCUUGACUAGAACCAGCCAUCAAUGAGUGCAUCAGAAUGUAUGUUAAUCCUAGAAGAGUUAGAAAAUGCCAAUUUGUGCAGAUAUUUGCCACUUGCUUUGUACUGUGUCUCAUGAUGUUUUGGGGACCACUUGAUGAAAGUAGCCUUGUGGGCCACAUGAAAUCUUAUUCCUAUAGAUACCUCAUAAAUAGCUACAGUUUUGUGAAUGAAAGUCUGUCUCUUAGAGACAACUUGGACAGGGUAGUAGGCUAUCAGUACUUGAUCAAUCACGAGGAGAAAUGUCAACGGCAGGAUGUUCUCCUUUUGCUGUUUGUGAAGACUUCACCUGAAAAUUUUCACCGGAGGGAUGGAAUUCGACAAACGUGGGGUAAUGAAAAGUACGUUCAUUACUAUCUCAAGACCAAUAUCAAGACCCUCUUUGUUUUAGGACAGCCAAGCAACCUUACACAGAGAAACCAAAUACAAAAGAGACUUCAAAGAGAAGACAAAAUGUAUGGUGAUCUUAUUCAACAAGACUUCCUAGAUACUUUUUACAACCUCACUCACAAAUUACUCUUGCAGUUCAGCUGGGUAAAUAAGUUUUGCCCUCAUGCCAAGUUUGUUAUGUCUGCAGAUGAUGACAUUUUUAUCCACAUGCCAAAUCUUGUUGCUUACCUCCAAAAUCUGGCACAAAUUGGUGUUCAGAAUCUUUGGAUUGGGCGUGUCCAUCGUGGAGCACCUCCCGUAAGAGAUAAGAAAAGCAAAUACUAUGUUCCCUAUGAUAUGUAUCCAUGGUCUGCUUAUCCCGAUUACACAGCUGGAGCUGCUUAUGUAAUAUCGAGUGAUGUAGCCGCUAAAGUAUAUGCAGCCUCACAGACUCUUAAUUCAAGCCUCUAUAUAGAUGAUGUUUUCAUGGGUCUCUGUGCCAACAAAAUGGGAAUUGUACCACAACAUCAUCUGUUUUUUUCCGGGGAAGGUAAGGCUCCAUAUCAUCCUUGCAUUUACAACAAAAUGAUGACCUCUCAUGGACAUGUAGAAGACCUUCACUACCUUUGGGAACAGGCUACAGAUCCAAAAGUGAAAAACAUUUCUUCUGGCUUUUGGGGUGGAAUAUAUUGCAGAAUAGUUAACAUUAUGUUUCUUUGUAGAAUAUUUUAUCAGGAUACCUAUUCCUGUUCAGCUGCAUUGUCCUAAUACUUGAAUAUCAAAAUAGACUUACUGAGCCAAAAGUGAAUAAGAAGUCUCACCUGUUUUCUACAAGACAUAUGCAAAAUGAGUACGAAAUAUUACACAGAAAUAUAAAAUGUGAAUGCUUAUGUUCCAAUUUACUCUUAAUCGUUUCACUGAAGUUUGCUGACAGCUGGAAUGAACCAUCUGUUUCCAUGUAUUACAAUUUGUCCUCAAGUAGUUUUAAGAAUUGCCUAGUUGUUACUGAAAACUACAAAGGUUACUUUUCUAUAUGGGAAUUAUUUAAUAAUCAAAGGGAGUUGAAUUUUGGUAGGCAGAUUGAAUUUUAAUAAGUAGGUAAUUCAUGGAUAAGCUAGGCAGCUUGAAUAAAUUACUUGCAGUGAAAAUGCCUGAUGAAAUAUUUUCUCACUCCCUCAACACUGUCACUCACAAGGACAUUUUAAUUCAAUAGUCAGCAACCUGUUGGCACACCUCUGCAUGCACAAGGUGGCUGAUGUAAUGAGACACAGACUUUUAUCUUUAUUAUCGCACCUCAGUUUCUAAGAUUCCCUACAAAUCCCUUUCAUCCUGGGGAAGCGUAAAAGGCUACAGCUGACAACAUGAAACUUACGUGCACCAACACGAUUCUGGUCAUUGUCUUAAAAAUUUAAUAGCGCUACAUUAUCACACUAUGUUUUCUUGAUCAUUCAGAAAUAAAUUGAGAAACCUUUACCCUAUUCAAGUUAUGCUAAUGCUGCCUUUAAAUACUUGCUCAAUAAAUCCUGCAAAAGUGUUGACUCACUAGGAAUGAACUUAUCUGAGGAACAGACUUCUUGCUUCUUUCAGAGUUCUUGAAAGUUAACUUAAACCCAUCAGCAACUUGUGGCCAAAGGUAGGGCAGAUAUAUCCCACACAGAUGAAAUGAAGCACCCUGCAAGACCAUGGGGUAUCUGCACAUAUACCACUAAAAAUGUGUAUUUUUCAAGCUGGGUAUGUUCAAACACUCCAAACUACCUUUGCUCAAAUAACAGAAUUAUUCACAGUCUCAAUUGGUCUUCGCUACAAAUGUAUUGACCUCCCCACCCACUUGUAUUAAACUUGAGAAGCAGGAAAGUGUUAAAAACACCCAACUAUUGAAUGAAAGUUUCAGAGGAAUAUAAUUAAGUUAUGUGCCCUCUGUAGGUUUAAUAAAUAAAGUACACAAAGCUCCUGUUUUAAAAGUUAUGAAUUUGAUAGUGCAGAAUUAUACAACAUAAUGAAUAUGCUUUUCGAAUUCAGAAAGAUUAACAUCUGUGCCAACUUUGUAUGCAAAUUAAAAACUGUUUUCCCUCAAAGUUUGAAUUAUUGUAUUAUGUAUAAUCUUAGAAGAUAAUCUUAGUAAUAUGAACAAAAAUAGCUGUUAUCGUCUGUUCCUCAAACAAGAUAAACAGUGUGAGUACUGGAUCAUACUAUAUUUUCUAAUGUGUAUGAUUGUAGCUGUAUCUUAUGUCAUAAUUUGAGAGUGGCAGGGUGAACGGAAUCUUUCCCCCUCUGUUCUACUAAUGGUUUAGCUUUUAAAACCCAAGUGACACAAAAUGUAGGAUACAUUGAAUAUGAUUUUGUGUGUGGUAAGAUCUCCACAUCACUCUAACCAUUUCCAAAAUAACAUGGCAUACUUACAGAAACUAUUGUAACAGUAAAAAAAAUCCUGACCUUAAGAAUUCCUUAUCUUGCAAGCAUUUUAUUUUUUUGCAUUGUCAGUGGGAGCAAGUGCACAAGUGUUCUGCAAGAUUUAAGGACUAAGCUAGUAUCUAUUGUGUUAUCUCCUUGAAAUGGCUGUAUGUGUUUUUGUUUUACAGCAGGUCUGUCUUUAAAAGUAUUUAUUAGUUAGCUAUAAAGGAACAGAUAGACAGUUGUGUACUACUUUAGCAUAGGGACGAAUGUUCAAUAGUUUAAAGAAAUUGUGAAGGCUUUCUUUUUUCAGUAAAAGGUGAGCUAGAUAAUUUCUUGUUCUUUUGGAUCCACCUGAACAUGUCUACAUUUCUAAAACUGGAAAUCCUUCCAUUGGUCAGUGUUCCAGAUGCAGGGCUGUUAACACUUUUUUUUUCUUUUUACUUCACAAAUAAAAUUCCAUCAGCCUGAAUGGUCA